GCAUCUCACUGCUCCAAUUUCCAGUUCUUUGCAUGAGAUGUUGGCGGGAACGAAUAAAAAUGCUCCGAUAUCUGUCGUGUCACAGUGGAUGAGCGUCAGUCGGUGGAAGGGCGCCUUGGGCUCAGUUCACCCCACUAAUUGGCCGCUCCAAGCAUCUACGCAAACAAAAGAUCAGGCCAUGAUCCCUCCCAACAACACUCCAUGCAAUCCACUCUUUCAUUCCUCAGCUCACUGCAGGGACCAAGCUGUCGGAACCCAAUAUUGCCGUUUAGCUUAUAAGCCUCCUGAAACCUCUUGACAGCUUUUGGAGCAUCAUCAACAUCCUCUAUAUCAUCGACAGGCCUCAGAAUCAACCCUCAUCACUGUCCAGGACGGAAGCAUCAAGUCUUGGCAUUUGCCAACCACAACCACAACCCCUCUUUCGCUUCCAACGUUCCCCACGAGUGACGACCCGAUCUGCUCCAACACUCUUCUCUUCACACACACACACACAACACAUUCAGCAACAGCAGUUACUAGACAGCACGUGGCACGCCACCUACACAACCGCCAAAAUGCCUGCCUCCAGUGCAGCCAACGUUAGAUCCAUCAAGAUCGUGAUUGUCGGUGCCGGCUCCGUCGGUGUUACUACCGCCUAUGCCCUCCUCCUAUCAGGGCUCGCAGCCGAGAUCGUUCUCAUCGACAUCGACAAGAACCGCGCCCUGGGUGAGGCCAUUGACAUGAGCCACGCCGCCCACUAUGCCCAGGCCCGCGUUCGUGUAGGUGACUCUUACGACGACUGCGCGGGAGCCACAGCCGUCAUCGUCACAGCCGGCGUCAAUCAAAAGCCAGGUCAGACCAGAAUGGACCUUGUCAAGACCAACUACGGGUUGUUCAAGUCCAUCAUCCCCCAGAUCGCCGCCGCCGCGCCAGAUACGAUUCUCAUCAUUGCGACCAACCCCGUUGAUGUCCUCACACAUGCCGCUCUCAAGUUGUCUGGUUUCCCGGUGGAGAGGGUGAUUGGCUCCGGGACAGCCAUGGACACGACCAGAUUCAGACACGAGCUGGGCAAGCAGUUUGGCGUUAACCCGCGAAACGUGCACGCGGUGAUUAUUGGCGAGCAUGGUGACAGUCAGCUGCCGGUUUGGUCCCUUGCUUCGAUUGCGGGCAUGAGGUUGAGGGACUAUGCGGCGCAAAAGGGGAUUCCGUACGACCAGGAGGUCAUGGACGGUUGCUCCCAGAGGACGAAGGACGCGGCGUACGAGAUUAUCCAGCGCAAGGGCAAGACCAACUAUGGUGUUGCUUCGGUGCUGGUCAGCAUCUUGGAGCCGAUCAUCACUGAUGGCGAUGCCUUGGUGACGGUUUCGAGGGUGGGGACGUAUGCUGGGGUGGAUGAUGUUGCGUUGAGCAUGCCUUGCAAGCUGAACAGGGCGGGUGCUCACCAGGAUGUGCCGCUGUUGCUGGAUGAGAAGGAGAAGGAGCUGUUGAAGCAGUCGGCGGAGAGUAUCAAGGAGGUGUUGAGGGCUUGCGAGUAAGGGGGUCAUUUUUCCAUCAUGUUUUGUGUACGUUUAGCAGGCGGGUUUGGGUUGGGUUAGAGUUAUUGGCAAGUGGGAUCUGGUUCAUUGGGCGUGGGAAUGCCAUCAUGCCUUGAUUUCAUCAAAUGAGAAUAGAUUUCAAACCUGUGUUCCGUGAUUUGUUUGCCAUUGACAGAUUGUCUUGUUUGCUGAUAGGAUUUGCAGCUCUUGA